AUGCCACAAGUAGAAACAAAGGAAAUACUCAGUACAACAUGGCAGGAUAAGGUUAUGAUCUCACAGUUGGAACAAGGUGAACAAAGAGAUAAAUUCGUUACGCGACUACAGUUAGAGGUUAGGGAGGAAGAUCAAGAGUAUCUUACGUUAAACACUCAUCGAGGAUUAUAUAGACCUACGAGACUGAUGUACGGAAUAGCCUCUGCACCGGCGAUCUGGCAACGAGAAAUUGAGAACAUUUUAAAAGAUAUUCCAGGAGUUACAGUCUUUUUGGAUGAUAUUAAAGUGACAGGUACAAAUGAUGCGGAACAUUUACACAGAUUAGAACUAGUUUUUCAACGAUUGCAUGAGUAUAAUAUAAAAGUCAAUCUAAAGAAAAGUGAAUUUUUUGUGGAUAAAAUAGAAUAUUGCGGAUACAUAGUAGACCGGCAGGGAAUACACAAAGAUAAAAAGAAAAUAGAAGCAAUAAAACUUAUGCCAAUUCCAAAAAACGUGACCGAAGUCACAGCAUUUAUAGGCAAUGCAGAUUGUCUGUCUCGAUUACCAAUCGCAAAACUAGAAAGAUACGAGUACGAUGUAGUCGAUACAUUUCAAAUCAAUACGAUUCAAUCCCUACCAGUUACAUUUACAGAAUUAGUUACAGCUACUAAACAAGAUACACAUUUACGCAAAAUACUAGAAGCAUUACAAAGCAGUAAAAAAAUUGAUAAAGAAAGUAAAACAUGCAUUAAUGAACUAGAGUAUAGCUUACAACAAGGGGUAAUUUUACGCGGACACCGAGUAAUAAUACCUAAAGUAUUACAAAAGAGAAUAUUACAAGAAUUACAUAGUGUGCAUUUCGGUACCGCGAAAAUGAAAAUGUUAGCCCGUGGUCAUGUUUGGUGGUCCGGCAUAGACACCGAUAUAGAGCAAAUUACAAGAAACUGCGCGGAAUGUAAUGCAAAUAAAAACAACCCUCCAAAGAUUAAACAUAUAUGGGAACCAGCAACUUUUCCAUUUGAGCGUAUACAUAUUGAUUUUGCGGGCCCCUUUAAGGGCCAUAAUUUCUUAAUACUAGUCGAUGCUUACACCAAGUGGCCUGAAGUACAUAUUGUAAAUAACAUCACUACCGAAACUACAAUAAAAAAAUGUUGGGAGAUUUUUUCAAGGUUUGGGCUCCCAGUGCAACUGGUAUCAGACAAUGGCCGUACUUUCGUAUCAACAGAAUUCCAAAAAUUUUUACAACAAAACGGCAUUAAACAUAAAUUGACUGCACCAUACAACCCAGCUACAAAUGGGCAAGCUGAACGUUUUAUACAAACCUUGAAGAAGUCUCUCCGAAGCAUCGACACACAAAAACUAGAUCUAAACACAGCGUUACAGCGCAUUCUUAUGCAAUAUCGUAUCACACCUCAUUGUACAACAGAAAUUUCAUCCGCGGAACUUAUGUUCAAUAGAAAAGUAAGAUGUUCAUUAGAUAUAAUGAAACCUACAGUGAAAUCACAUCACAAAGAGAUCAAAAUGAGAAAAGAACAGUAUAGAGAGGUACUGGAAAGACAGCAGGAAAUAGAGAGACCCGUUAACUCACCGCAACUACGUAGAUCUCAAAGAUCAAGAGCACCUCCACAGAGAUACGGAGAUUACCAUACAUACUAA